UGCUCAGAGAGGCGGCCGGCGCUGCCGCUCCCGCUCCCGAGCACGGCAGAUGGCCCGGUGUGGGGCUUUGUUCCGGCUUCUGCUGCUCCUUGCAGCCUCUGGCCUGCACAUGGGUGAGGCCUUCAAAUGCUUUACAUGUGAGCAGCCCACACCCAUCUCUUCAUGCAAGAACAUCACUCACUGCCACCCCGAGGCCACGGCCUGCAAGACCACGCUGGUGCAGGUGGAGUCAGAGUACCCCUUCCACCAGAGCCCCGUGGUGAUCCGGUCCUGCGCCAGCUCCUGCAUCGCCAGCGACCCCGACAGCAUCGGGGCUGCCCACCCUGUCUACUGCUGCUUCCGUGACCUGUGCAACUCCAUACAGGCCACCAGGGUUGGUGUCAGGGCCCAGGCCCCGCUGGGCGCCCCGCUCCUUCCCUGAAGGGCCUGCCACCACCAGAGGCCACCUGUGUCUGUGCGCUCCCCGGAGCUUCCCAAGCCACCAUUAACCAUGGGACUCAUGGGGUGAGCACCCUGCCAGGGGCCUCCUGCCCCCCAGGCUCCGCCCUUGCAGAAAAUAAACAUCAC